CUGGCUGACUUUGGCCUGUCCAACCACUUUAAGAAGGACAAUUUGCUCCAGACGUACUGUGGGAGUCCUCUCUAUGCCUCCCCAGAGAUAGUCAAGGGACUGCCCUAUCACGGCCCAGAGGUGGAUUGCUGGGCCAUGGGAGUCUUGCUGUAUGCGUUGGUGUACGGCAGUAUGCCGUUUGACGGGGCCAGCUACAGAGUGCUCACAGAGCAGAUCAGCCAGGGACGGUACAGCAGACCAAUCCCUCCCUCAGAUGCCUGUGCCCUGAUUGACUGGCUACUGACAGUGCGUGUAGAGGAGAGGGCCACGGUGGAGGACAUAGCCAAGCACUGGUGGGUCAACUGGGGCUACGAGGACAGUGUGUGUGACUGCCCCUCAUCCCCCACCAGGACUGCCCUCCCCGCUGCUCGCCCGCUUCAUCGACUGGCAGAACCGGGUUGCCACGGCAACCAGUUGCCCGAACUCUGA